GGAACGCUGUUUUGCUGAUGCUGUAUGCUAUCCUUGUCUGGAGACAGGUUCAUCUAAUAUUGGAUUAAUUUUUUUUCUAUUUUAUCUUUAUUUCCAAAAUUCACAUUACCAAUUUACGAAUAUGGCCCAUUGGCCCAAUACUCAAAUUACUUUACCAAGUUCCCUCUCACUUCCCUCCGUUUUCCUCAAGAACAAACGUUCCCUUCUGUCUGUUCGAAAAUGGGAAAGAAACGAAAGGUUCCGGUGGUCCUAUGGAAGCUAUUCAGGGACAGAGCACAGACCUUAGCCACCGUUAUCACAUCUUUAAUUCGACCUCACUCUUCAUCGCCACCGCCACAUCCACCUUUCUGCCAAUGCAAGGGUCGGCUCUGCCUCAACUGUUGUGGUAGUAGUGAAAACGCCAUGUCUUUUCUCGUACAACCCCGAGAUCCACUCGAUUAUCGCAAUCUCCUCAAUAACUGCUUCGUUGUCGUCAAUGACAAUGCUCCUCUUGUUUCUGCUGCUGAGUCUCGGCCUCAUAACAACUGGCCCCAAAGCGAGAUUGUGGUGAGGACUAUUGAAAUGAUAAUCAGAGAGCAACCGGCGAAUUCGAAUGUAAUAUGCAGUGCUUAUAACAAGUGUAAUCACUCAAGCCCCAUUGUUGACCUUCUGACGUCUUCAGCAUGGAGUCUUCUAUUAAAAAGGGUGGGGGAUGGUAUCAUGAUAUAUCUUCUAAAGCAUACAUCAAUAUUUUUGCCACUUCCUCUUAAGAAACACCAUCAGGUGGCUGGUCCACCUGUGAAUAAUUUGGUUCUUAAGUUGUUGAAGCAUACAACAGUGCCACGACAAUGUCAAGAUCCUUUGGUCAUCCAUUUUGGACGCAGGAAGAAAAGGAGUAGGGAUGAUAAAGCUAACUCAACAUGUGAUAUACAACAACGUAAUACUCUCUCUACUCAAGGUUCCAUAGAUUGUGUUGGUAGUAAUGGUAGCAAUUAUAUAAAGCAAGGGCAUCUGAAUGAGGAAAUGGUGAAUCCUAGAAAGCGACUGCGACCUUUUAGGUGGCAGCGCUGCAAAAAACAUAAGCAUUCAGAUAUCAAUGAAAGCACUAGUCUAAGGCGUUGCAAUGUUCAGAUGAAUGUACCUGAAGCAUCUGCUCCUAGAACCAGAGUUUGUAGUCUGAGAAAUGAAGGGUACUCAAAUGAAAAACUUCAAGGCUCAAAUCAGGUUUCACCAAAACCUGGAAAGCAUUCAAGACUAUUUAGGUGGCAGCGCUGCAGAAAGCGCAGGAAUGCAGAUAGUGAAGAAGCCAGUAAUAACACUUGUUGCUCCACUGAUCUUAUUAAGGAACAUAAAGCACCUGAGAGACUUCCAUGUGACCUUAGUGAUAGUAAAAGCCAUUCCCAUGAAAAGAUGCACCAGCAAUGCUCUUGUGUUCUUCUAUUGGAAGCUGCACAUAUGAACAUGAAAAGGGCACAAAUUUGUAGGCGACCCAUAUUUUAUAAUUUGGAAUGUUCUUCAUCAGUUCUUCCACAAAAACAUAUAUUAAAUUCUUUAAAGUCAAAUUUCGCAGGUUCAAAGUCUCUUAUUGGCAGUGUUUUUGGCUUAUCUCUUGUAAAUUUGAAUGCUCAAUCAGUGCCAUGCUCCAACAGCAGUGGCUUCUGCCGCUCAGGAUCAACAUGCUUGUAUCAUUUGCUUGCUAAGUUGUUUAAGGUUCUUAUACGCCGAACUCAUUGCUGCAAGCAUGUUAGAUUAUUGGAUAAGCAUUGCAUGGUUUCAUCGUCAAUUCAGACUACCAAUCAAAAUUCAACUUCGUUUGAGGAGAAUGAGUUGGAGAAUAAAAUUUCUGAGAAAUCUCAUGGUGUUAAUACUGAAUCUUGCAAUGAUCGCCAAACUGAGGCAAUAAAGUCCUAUUGCUCAAAGAGUCAGGUGGUGUCAUUUAUAUGGGCUGUCUGUAGAAAUUUAGUUCCUCCAGAUUUGUUAGGAACUCCUUCCAACUGGAGAAUCCUAACGAGGAAUAUUUCCAAGUUAAUUUAUCUAAGAAGAUAUGAGAAGUUUUCAUUGAAACAAUGUAUGCAUAAACUGAAGACUUCAGGGUUCCCCUUUCUAUCAGAUAAACAUUCUUCAUUUUACUUGGCUGCUGGGGUGCAGAAUAAUGUGCCACGUCAGAAUUUAGAGAUGCAGAAGGGAUCAUGCGAAUUAAAUGAUGCUGUGAGUAGUUUCAAACAUAAGCUUUUAGAGAAAUGGAUAUUCUGGUUUUUUUCGUGUCUGGUGGUGCCAAUACUACAAGCCAACUUCUAUGUCACUGAAAGUGAGCAUGGCAAACAAGACCUCUUUUAUUAUCGGAAGCCAAUAUGGGAAAAGGUGAAAAAUAGAGCCAUUACAUGCUUGAAAGACCGUAACUAUCAGUAUCUAAAUGCCAUAACCGUUGAAAGUGUUAUAGGCAAUAGGUUAUUUGGGUUCUCGAAGCUCAGACUUUGCCCAAAAGAGAAUGGAGUAAGGAUGCUUGCAAAUCUUAAAGCGCCAUCUAGAAUGAUUCAAGCAUCCUCAUCCACUGGAAUGCUGGGAAGAGCACAACUUUGCUCCAAGUCAGUUAAAUAUAAGCAUUUCAAGUCAGUGAAUUCCAUUCUUCGUGAAACACAUGCUGUUCUGAAAGGUAUACUGUUAAAAGAACCAGAAAAGUUAGGGUCAUCAGUGUUUGACUACAAUGAUAUAUAUGGAAAGUUAUUCAUGUUUAUUCUUGGCUUGAAGAAUGAAUUGGGUACCUUGCCCAACAUAUUCAUUGUUGUUUCUGAUGUGUUGAAGGCAUUUGAUUCUGUUGAUCAGGAUAAGCUGAUUAGUGUAAUGGAAGAUCUCAUAGUCGAGGAUGAAUAUCUUCUACGACAGUCUUCUCAAGUGGUUUGUACUAAGAAGUCUUUGUGGACUCAAGAGAAUCUUAUAUUAACAGAUACAGAUAUCAGUACUGGUUUUACAAAGUUAAGUUCUUCUGCUCGCUUUGGUUCAUUACAUACAGUGCUUGUUAAUCAGGGGUUCAAUAGGUAUAUGAAGAAGAAAGAGCUUCUUUUCAAUCUAAAAGAGCAUGUGAAACGAAACGUACUGCAGUUGGAUAAAAAAUUUUACUUGCAAGGCUUAGGUAUACCACAAGGAAGUAUCUUGUCUUCCCUGCUUUGCUCAUUGUACUUUGGUCAUCUUGAAAGAAAUGUGAUCUUCCCAUUUCUUGAAAAAAUUCGUGAACCUGCUAUUAUAGAUUUAUCUGGAAGUAGCAAUUGUCAGGGUGCUUCUGCUGCUGUAAGUAACAGAGAGAAUAGAGUCAUUUCAUCCUCUUGUUAUAUGCUGCUCAGAUUAAUUGAUGAUUUCUGCUUCAUAUCAACCUCGAAGAAGCUGGCUACUGGCUUUUAUACCAGGUUGCAGAGAGGAUUUCGGGAUUACAACUGCUAUAUGAAUGAAGAAAAAUUUUGUCUUAAUUUUGAUACAGAAAAUGCAUCUGGUAUUCCAUCCAACAGGGUUUACAUUGGUGAAGAUAGAACCUCAUUUCUUCGAUGGAGUGGCUUGCUUUUGAACUCUUGCACUUUAGAAGUUCAGGCAGAUUACACCAGGUAUCUGAACCACCAUUUGAGGUCAACUCUUACCGUCUCCUGGCAAGGUAAACCUGGUUGCCAACUUAAGGCAAAGUUAUGUGGCUUCUUGAGACCUAAGUGCCAUCCCAUAUUCUUCGAUUCAAACAUUAACUCAGGACCUGUUGUUAGAUUAAAUAUCUAUCAAGCAUUUUUGUUAUGUGCAAUGAAGUUCCAUUGCUACGUUUCCGAGAUGUUGUACACAUGCAAACUACACCCAAGAUACCAUUUAAAAAUUAUUGAAAGGUCCUUCAGGUAUAUGUAUAUUCUAAUAAAGAAAAAGAUGUCUACUGCACAUAUCGGUUCUCAUUUCCAUCCCAUUCUUCAAUUGGAGGCGGGAGAAGUUGAAUGGCUUGGGUUGAAUGCUUUUAUCAAGGUAUUGAAGAGAAAACAAUCUCGGCAUAAAGAUCUGCUACGUUUGUUGAAGUCCAAGUUGUCAGCACAUAGAAUAAAUGGGAGUGUAUCUUCUCAACUUGACUAUGCAAUUGAUAGUUCACAUUCCUCUGUAAUGUGGAAAAUCAAAUAUUAGAUACUCAGAUUUUGUCUCCUUUCUAUUUUGCAGUGGGAGGGUACAAUUGGUACAA